CGCAACUUCUCCCGCUCGGUAAGCACGCUAGGGAAUUUAUGAGGAGUUUCCAUGCAAGACGUUUUUGUUGCUUAUUGGCUUUUAUCUGCAAUGGCGCUGCCCGAGAAGUAUUUUAUGCGACAUGCUUUCUGCCAACUCAGAACUUGUGGACAAGUGCAUAGGAUCUCGCAUCCAUAUCGUUAUGAAGAGUGAUAAAGAAAUUGUUGGCACCCUUCUUGGCUUUGAUGAUUUUGUCAACAUGGUGUUAGAAGAUGUUACAGAAUUUGAAAUCACACCGGAAGGAAGGCGAAUUACAAAACUCGAUCAAAUAUUACUGAAUGGAAAUAACAUAACUAUGCUGGUGCCUGGAGGUGAAGGUCCUGAAGUAUAAAUGGAUUCAUUAGAAAGGAUCAGCGUAUCUAUUUCUUUUUUUCUUUUUGUAUUUCUUUAUUUUAUUAUUUUUUUUGCAUUGUUCUAAAUGUAGCUAGUUCCUGCAUUUCAAUAAACAAAAUGGCAUAAUGCAAGAAGCUAGAAUUCUAAAAAAACAAAAAAAGUUUGUUUUGUAAACUUUACACCAUUAAAAAAAAAAUGUAAAAUUGUUUGAACAUGCAUUGUAAUUCAAAUAAUGAUUUUGUUUUAGCCUUAUAAUUUGUUAUUAUAAAAAAAAAAAAUGAAACUUG